CAUGAAUGAAAGCAAAUGUCUUUCCUCUCUCAGCUUACUGGUCCAGCUGAUUUAGAGAUGCUGGCGAGCAGCACUCAAAUUCUGACCUCCAACCCCGAAGAGCUAACGGCAGAAAAUGUUACAACUGCAGCUCAGAUUGCCAACACACUGCUGCUGUCUCCAAACGCCACAGAGACUGUCAGGGUGGCAGCAGUAGCUACAGUCAGCCAGCUGCUGAAUGCCAGCACGCCGGACGAUAGCCAGGAAAACAACGCUACUCUGGGCCUUACGGUGACCCUGGACCAGCUCUCUGUGAACCUCAGCCAAAGUCUCAACACGUCUCAGAGUCAAGUAGUCCAACCAAACCUGGUGGUCCAGUCGGCACAAAUCCCUGCUGCAGACACUCAGGGAGUCCAGUUCACCUCUCUCUCAGGAACGUCUGGCAGUUUUGUUGCUGACCGAAUUCAGCUGAACACCAACGUGUCAACAGUUGUGGUGGAAAACGGGUUCGUAGCCGACGCCCUCAUAUACAUAAGAUUCACACCAGAGGCUGUCAGUGGCCGUCAGAAGCCAUCAAACGUCUCGCUGGGUUUCGUCCUCUACCAGAACGACCGUUUCUUCAGGUCGAGGCGGUAUAGAAGGGGACGGGCCACCAUCAGGGUCCUGUCGGCCAGCGUUAGAGGUCAGGAGCGCAGCGUGGUGCCGCAACACGUGGAGAUGCUGUUCAGACCAACGAUGAUGAAUGGGACGUCUCUGUACGACUUCGCCUGUGUCUUCUGGGACUACAGUCUGCAGGACUGGAGCACCGACGGCUGCUCUAAAGGGAACGCUUCAGACGGAGUCCUGAGAUGUUUCUGCAACCACACCACCAACUUCGCUGCUCUCUGGUCCUUCAGAGAGAAAUAUCAAUAUGCAGAAGCACUGGAUGUGAUUUCUAUCGUUGGGCUUUCUUUUUCCAUUCUGGGUUUGGUUGUAACGAUCAUUCACCACAUUAAAGUGAAGUAAGGCGUUAUACUAUAUUACAUCAAAAUGUUCCAUUGUAUUUUGUUUACUUUCUCACCGUCUACUCUUUCACAGUCAGUUCUUUAAGUUAGCAAUUAGGUUGGCAUUUCUUUAAGCAUUUCACUUUCAGCCUUUUGGUUAGCUUUCCUCAGUGCCCCUUAUUCAGAGUCACUCUCUGGUGGAAAGUAACAAGUACAGUACUUUCUACUGCUACUCUACGACAUUUUUACUACCUUUAUUUUAUUUCAGAACAGGGAGACGCAA